AACAGAACGACGUCGCAUCUACCAAGUACAAACCUCUUGGCAGAAAAUACACACGGCGCCGUUUUUCGUUUACCUCUUUCCCUGACCUCAUUCCAAAAGCUCAGUGUCACUGAGCGAUAGCAAAACCCUGAUUUUCAGAGAAAUGAGCAACCUACACUUAGAUUCGCUUCCCCCAACAGAAAGCCUAGAAUUAGAGAACGGGCUCACGCUCGCGCCACGCGUGAAGCUCACCUUCACGGUUUACCCCACGAGCCCCUCGGUGACCAAACCGGUCGACGAGUGGAAGGUGAAGCUUACUGUCAUAGACUUCCUCCAGACCUCGCUCUCCGUCCCCGUCACCGUCCCGGAAGAGGACCUGGAGAUCCGACCGCUUGGAGACCUCAAGAAGCGCAAGCGCGAGGACCCCGUGGCCCAAGGCUCUCUCUUCAUUCGCGACCUAGGGUUUCUCAACCAGUCCAGUAGAAAGAACAACAUUGAGGAAGAAGAGGAGGACGUGAAGGUGUUGGAGAAAAAGUUCUUGGAUUGGAGAAAAUACAUCGUGGAGAAAAUGGACGGGAUGGAGUUGAACCUCGAAGGUUUUAAGUACAAGCUCAACGUCGUCGUUCCGGCGUCCGACGAUUUCGAGGCAAUGAGGAAAGCUUGGGAGGAGUUUUUCGCUUUUGGAAAUCGGGGGCAUUCGAGGAGUGGGAAGCAAGAGCCUGAUACGAUUGUAGUGAGGGGGGUCCCGUCGCGGUGGUUUGCGGAGCCGCUGGUUUCGUCUAAGCCUUCCAUGUUGGUUACGCAUUCCAUUUUUUCUAGACUUGGGAAUAUAAGGAAUCUUAAUGUUGCUGAGGACAAUGAUCUAGGUAAGGAAGCAGAGGAAAUUGGGAACAUAGUUUCGGGUCUUAAUUGUAAGAUUGUAGUUCAGUUCGAGAAAUUCAAGGACUUCUAUAAUGCUCUAAGGGUGUUAUGCGGCCGCUCAUUGCAAAAGCAAGGAUCUCGAUUGAAGGCCAAUUAUGAGGUUACUUGGGAGAAGGAUAGCUUUUUCCGGAAUUCAAGAAGUCACACACAGGAGAGGACUAGUAGGAUGCCAGAAAUAGCAACGGGAAAUUACAGAAGUGAAGCUCCAAGACAUCAACAUCAAAUUUCUCGCCUCAGUCCUGAUGAUGCACGCCGUAAGAGGUUUAAGGAUUAGGGAAUGGGAUUCACAUUUAGAUAUUGUUUCAUAGAUAACUUUUGAGUUUGAGAGGCCAAAAGCUUUUUUGCAUGUUCGAUGAUAAAGUUCAUCCCAGUAUGUUGUACAACAAUUUAUCAUCCGAUGUUCAGUUACUUUUACAAAAUUUCAGUAAAGAAAGACUGCUAAUACUGCUGCAA